AUGGAUACACGAUCAAACCAGAAGAAGAGAAUGGUCGACAAUACUCAGAUUUCUUUGUUAUGUGAAGAUUUGUUAUUAGAUAUUCUAAAGAGGUUGCCUGCAAAAGAUGUUCUUCAAUGCAGAUCGGUCUGCAAGGAAUGGAACAUUCUAUUACGAACUCCUCACUUUAUUUCUCUUCAUUAUAACCAUUCCUCACAGAUCAGUAAUGCCUCCUCCUCCUCACAUUUCAUUCUCCUCCGAAAGGCUUACUCUGUUCCUUACAAUUUCGGUGCUAAAAAUGUAUUGACAUUCUUUACCUUAAAGAAAACAAACAACCAACUAGUAGCCACAAUCGACAAAGAAGUAGACGUUAGUUCCAUUCUAUCAUCAUUAUGCUUUCCAUCCAAUAUGGAUAUGGAUGACAUCCAAUUAUUUUCUCCUUUUGAUGGUUUGAUAUGUUUUGGAUAUGGUUUGCAUGUUAUUCUAUAUAACCCAUCGACUAGAGAAUCUCAAUUGUUGCACAAUCAACCUCAUCUUUCAAGAUUAGAAAUUGGUUUUAGGGUGGUUCGUAUUCUGGAUGUUUGGUUCGAAUCCAGCACUAAGCAACAUUACAAAGUCUUUAUGAUGGCUAUUUCGAGUGACUUCUGCAAGAUCGAGACAUACGAUUCAACUGUUAAUAGUUGGAGAUUAAGCAAGGACAUAUUUGGAAGGGUAUUUCGUAUUAAAUCCUUGUUAUUGAAUGGAAUUGUCCACUUUUGUAUGGAAAGGGAUUCGGUUUCUGUGAUUGUCACAUUUGAUGCAAGAUUGGAAACCUUUGGACAACUUGAAUUCCCUCUAUCUACUUCUGAUUACAACAUGGAUUCGGACCUGUUGUCCUUUUACGGAAAUCUUUCAUUUUUAAGACCGGUAAUUGUUGAUCACAAAACGAUGUGGGGUGAGAUAUGGGUAAUGACUGAAUAUGGGGUGAACGAGUCUUGGAAAAAGAUAUACUCUAUUCCAUUUAAUGGUUUUAGUUUGUUCUUUCUAUCUUUAUUUCGACCGUUAAAGUUUUGGAAGAACAUGGAAGGGCAGAAUGAGUUGUGGCUGAAAACCAUUGAUAAGAAGAUCUUGGUUGUAAAUCUUGAUACACACAAGUUUACCAAUUUGGAAUUGGACUGCUUAAAUGACAAAUUGUGGAAGAUUGUCUCUAAUAAUGUUGAGAGUUUACUUUCUCUAAAAUAA